AUGAACACCUUCUCGAUGAAAGCCCUGGCGAAGACCCUUCCGUCAGUAUGCCAGCAGUAUCAGUCAUCUCUUGUGAGGUUGGGCGCGUUGCGUCACUUUUCUUCCACUCCUAAGGACUCCUCGAGCCUUAAGGACAAAACACGAAAUAUUGAGAACCAGAUCCUGGACCGUCAGCCCGAGUCUGCAGACACUUCAUCACCGCUCUCCGCCAUCUCUAAAAUGAUGACUGGUGGAAGACCAUCUGCGCCCUCGCGCGUCAAUGCCGACUACGCUCGUCUGGCUGAAAGCCUGGAAGCCGAUAUGAUUAGAAACCCCUACGCCGAUCGCGCGCCUCCCCACCAUCUCCACGUCUUCGCGCACAAGCACAACACUAUUCUCACGCUCACCCGACCCAAUGGUAAUCCCAUUCUGUCUAUGGGAACUGGCCAAAUUGGGUUCCGCAAGGGUGGCCGAGCUGGAUUCGACCCUGCCUAUCAACUAUCAUCCCACGUCCUUUCACAAAUCCAAGAGCGCGGGUUAUUGAUGGAGAUCAAGAGGCUGGAGAUCGUCUUCCGAGGCUUUGGCAAAGGUCGCGAAGGCUUCACAAAGGUUCUCCUUGGUAACGAAGGACGUAAGAUCCGAGGCCUUGUGAGCCGGGUAACAGACUCAACGCGCAUCAAGUUCGGAGGUACCCGCAGCCGCAAGGUUCGCAGACUGGGUUAA